GCGGGAGAUUUAAAUGGACCUACUCGCUACCUGUUUACUGCGCGCCUUAACUGUAGGUCUAAUUUAGUAUUUAAGUGUUUAAUCCACGAUAACCAUGACACACCACUGAACUUAACACGACAAGCAUGUGGUAACCAAAAGCAAUGAUGAAUCAUUUAAGGAACAUAAAAGACAUGCUGAGCAUCCCACCCGGAAGCAGGAAUGUGUCUACCAGUGGCUACUCCAGCUUCACAGACUCUCAGUUAUUCUUUGGAUCUCAGUUUUGGCCUGAAAAUUCUCAGGGCACAUCUCAGGAUAUGAGCAUGUCAUCCAGGACCUCCCAGCAAAGUUCACAAGAGGGCAGUGAUCCAAAAAUGUCAAACAGUUAUCACACUAAACCUCUCCUGUUUGGAGACUUGAAGGACAAAACUAGAGCUUUUGGCAUACUGGAUAAAUUUGAAGAUGACAGGAAAAAGGCUAAAGAAAAAAAUGUCAGUGAUCUUUUAGUCAAAGAAUGUCAACUUACUAGAGAAACUCUGAGCAAUAUACAACAAUUGGUCACUGGCACAGAAAAAAAUAUGGCUGUGUGCCAAACUGUCCUUGAAAAAUUUGACAGUUUUGCAUUAACAUUGCAAAAUAAUCUGAAGGGUCUUCAGAGAGACAUUUCCCAACAAUUUGAGACUCUGGUAAAUAAAGUGAACUCCCACGAAGAGGUGAUCACAGAGCUGGACUGAAAGGGUGAAAAAGGUGAUUAGCAUGUAAUUUAUGGUGUAGGUAGCUGCAUUUUCAAUUACUUGAGAAUAGAUUUUGGUUGUUAGCAAAUGUUUUCGAUUAGUGAUGAGGAUAAUUGUUCAUUUCUAUCCUUAAGAAUGGAGACGCCACAGCAGAACUUGGUUUAAAUCUGCAAAGCUUAAAGAGUAGUCUCGAGAGUCUUAGAGAAGAACAGGAGAGAGAACGAAACAUGCUUGAGGAGGCCCUGAAGCUGCUCAGCACCCUGGUCUCAGAGCAUUCAGCCAAACCCAGUCCUCAGAGAGUGGUGGACAGUGCCAAUCAGACAUCACCAGGGCUGGAACAGUCACUCUCCAACAUCCUGCAGGGCAACAAGGUUGAAGGCACUGCGCUUUCAUGUAUAUCGUACAACCCUGAACACAAACAGGUUGAAGUCCCCCCUCGGGAUCCCAGCUGCUGCAUUGGAAAGAGGAAACUUAUCCUCAGAGGCCUCAGGAGGCGCAAGAAAAGGCCACUGGUGCUCUCACAGAGGAGUAAACGCACUGUCCCGGAUGAAAACAUUCAACCUCUGAUGAACUGUCACAAACUGCAGAAUGUUUCAACACCUCUCUGUGAGCGCCGUGUUCUGAACACAGUAACCAGUCGUGACAAUCUAAACCCAGACUGUCUGAUACCACUGAACAGGGAGAGGAGGUCCAGUGAAGCUGAGGGUGUUUCAUCACCCCUCUCACCUGCUGGUCUCAGGAUAGCAACAGCUCAGUGUGCCUCACAGGAAUCGAAACCAUCUUAGAGAAGCAGUCAGUUGAGCCCAAGACCCCAGUGAAUCCUGAAGGUUUCUGGCAGUUGUUUCAAAUGGAUUGCGAUUCUGAUUAAGGGGUUUUGGAGGAUGAGCAGAGGACUCAGAACAGUGUUGUGUUUAUUAUUAUAUUUAUUAUCACUUGUAGCCUAUGUUCUGUUAGUUGUGGAUUCAGUUUUUGAAGAAAGAGUAAGUUAAGGACAGAGUGAACCACAAAGAAUUACAAAUAUUUAAGUUUUUAAUCUUGUUCAUUUUUUUGCCAACUGAAAACAAAUUGCAGAUAACAGUUUAGCAUCUAUACUUUAAAAUUAACUUAUUCACUACUGAUUUUGCUGACUUUACAUUGAUAAUAAACUGAAAGGCAUGAAGAUACA